UGCGCCGCUCGGGCCGGACAGCGGGCGAUGGCUGCUUUCAGAAAGCGGAGUAAAAGCUGUCCGUUCCUGAGCCAGGAAUUCUUCAUCCAGAACCACGCUGACAUUGUGUCGUGUCUCGUCGUGCUGGUCCUGAUCGGGCUCAUGUUCGAGGUUACGGCAAAGACAGCGUUCAUGUUUAUUUCCCCGCAGAACAAUGUCAGUACAGUGACUCCAGAUGGGGAAGUUGUUUAUUAUCUCUACGGAACCAGCGACUUUGUCACCAUUUUGUUCUAUAUUUGCAUCACCAUUAUCCUACAUGCAGUUGUCCAAGAAUAUGCACUUGAUAAAUUAAACAAACGGCUACAUCUAUCGAAGAUCAAACACAGCAAAUUGAAUGAGUCGGGUCAGCUAAUAGUCCUUCAUCUCACCUCUGGGAUCUGGGGCUUUUACAUCGCUGUGACAGAAGGUUAUGUGACUAACCCGAACAGUCUCUGGGACAAGUAUCCUCAUACAGAGCUCUCUUUCCAGGUGAAAUUUUUUUUCCUGUGCCAGCUGUCCUACUGGAUACACUCACUACCAGAGUUAUACUUCCAAAGAGUACGAAAAGAGGAGAUUCCACGACAGCUGCAGUACAUCGGUCUCUACCUCCUGCACAUUGCAGGCGCUUACCUACUCAAUUUGACACGGUUGGGAGUUUUGCUGUUGGUGUUACAAAGCGUGGCAGAGCUGGUGUUUCAUACAGCCCGUUUAUUCUACUUCAUCCAUGAGAACAACCAGAGGUUUUUUAAUGCCUGGGCAGUUGUCUUCGUUAUGACCCGUCUAAUGACCUUAACUCUGACCGUUUUGGUCGUGGGGUUUGGACUUUCCCGUGUUGAGCAUCAGACCUUUGAUAUGGAAAGAGGAAUCUUCAACAGCCUUCCUAUUCGGCUCUGUAUCCUCGUAACUGUGUGUAGCACCCAGGCCUGGAUGAUGUGGCGAUUCAUUAACUUCCAGCUGCGACGAUGGAGAGAGUUUCAAGCAGAGCAGGCAUCUCGUAGGAAGAUUGUAGGCGCAAUGGCAAUGCGAGGCCGGGUCGUACGCAGGGAACUAGGUCACCAUGAGAAUGGUUUGAUCAAAUCGGAGAAUGGCACCUCACCUCGGACUCGAAAAUCUAAGUCCCCCUAAACUGGACCAUACAGGGCUGGGGAAUCUUUCAGAUCACAUCACCCUGCCCUGGGGGAACAAUCUUGUACCUUCAAAUAUUGUUUCUUUUUCCCUAUCCUUCCCUUAAGCUCCGCUCAACCCCCAACUUCUUGUGCCCAUUUUCCAGGGAAGGUAUCGGCAAAUUGUUCUCCCCACAUGAUUAUCACAUUUUAUCCAAAUCUCUCCCACUUCCCACACCCUUCCCAGGAACAAAGUCUGACUUAAUCCCACCAGCCCCAAUCUGUCCUCAAUCCUAACUCUUCAUCUACACACUGGAUGAGAUAAACUCAGUCUGUGUAAGUUAGAGAUGGGGCCUGUCCCUCCCUGCUCAGAGUGUGGGUUCAGCACCAUCUUUGUGGUUGAUGGGAUUAACCUGUGUCUCUUAACAAGUUGGAUUGGUGUAAAAUGCAUUGGACACACGUCAGCCUGUACCUCAGCAACUGCUAGUGAUCCUUGGGGCCUCUGUCAGCCCCAGUGCGGGGUGUCCCAGUGCCUGGUUCCAGGUGACCCUGCCUGACAUAUAGUGUUUAUCUGCCCUACCUACAGUUCCCCAUGCGCAGCUGUGAUUGAUGGAUGAUAUCAUCGUGACCCUUACUGACCUUGCAAUAGUGCUGCAGUCAUGUACGCCACAAGCAUGACUGUAAAUAAAUGUGCAAAUUAAACAUA